UAAAAAAAAGUACGUGAAAGUUUCUUAAUAAAUUGAAUUUUUGCUAAAUAAAUUUGCAAAUUAUUUGCAAAACUUCUAGAUAAAUUAAGCAAUUCGUAGUAACAUCAAUUAUAAUUACAACAAGUUCAGAAUAUUUAACAAAAAAAGCUCAGAAACGUGAUUUAAAGUUUGUUUAAAUUUUAAGUUUAACAAAAAGUUAAAGAUUCUAGUGGAUUCCAAUGAAGAACGACUGCAAAAAUAAAUAAUUGACAACAAAUAUAAAUAGAAUAAUAAACAAAUACAAUAACAACAAAUGUCUGCAGCAUAGAAUAAAAAAAUAAUUAAAAUAAUUAAUACAACAAAAGAAAAGUACUUGUGCUUGUAAAUAUGCAAGAAUGAAAUGAAAAGUUUUAUGCUUAAUCAUGAAAUUGCAAUAAAUUAAAUUGUUGUUAGUGUAUUUCCAAGAAAACAAAAUACAUAUGUAAAUAAAAAUCGAUUAAGAAAAGUUGUUUAAUAAAACGCCCUAUGGAUUUUUUGGAAAAACAAGUUUUCAUUACAAUUUAUUUGUUAACAAAGUAAAUUUUUUUUAUUAAUUUUGCAAAAUUCUACCGAAACAGUUUAUGUAUAUUGUGAGAAAUAGUAAUAUUUUAUUACAAAAAUAACAACAGCAGACAACUACAACAAAUACCACAUAUUGUAUUCCCUAAUUGACCGCCAGUCCCCUGUCAAGGUUAAUCUGACAAACAGAUAAGAAAAGACGAACAACAAAAGCAACUACAACAAAUUUUCAUAUCAAAACCAAACCAGGGCGGGUGGAGGAACUUGACGCCACACCACAUAUACUUGGUGUAGCUUGCUUGAAUAAAUGUCAGCGUUAUUUUUCUCAUUUUAUCAUCUUUUUCUUUUUGAAAACUGCGAAUAGUGUGAACAGUCGACGAGAACAAAAACAAACUAACCUAAUUAUGAGAAAGGGCAACACAAGGACAUUUCUCUAAACCAUAACCAGCGUACAAAGAAAGCCAAUCUAGCCCAGCACAUAGUUCUUCAGGGAGUUUCAAGAUAAGGCAAGUAACCCAUAUGAGUAGACAUUAAAGUUAUAAAUAGAAAAUAUUAAAAAGAGAAAAACAUAUGGAUUCUCAACAAGUGUUUGUGGUGCCUCAAGUACCGCAACUACCCCCCGCCACUAGUAAAGUCCAACACCACCACCACCAGCAGCAGCAGACAACUACACAAAUGUUGCAGCAGCAACAUCAACCGCCACAGUGUAGUAUUUGUGGUACAACACAAAAGCUAUUACGUUGCGCCAAAUGCAAAGCUAUCUACUACUGCUCCACAGAUCAUCAGCAUCUCGAUUGGCCCACCCACAAGCAGGAAUGUCGUGCGUUGGCCAAGCAAAGGCAAAUAAAUAAUCGCUUGCAGCAGCUAACAAAUGGUUGCGGUGCCAUUAACAUCAAUGCCCACUCAAAUUCCUCCAACACCAGCUCAUCGAAUGUGCCCCCAAGUUGGUCUUCUUCCAACUGCAACACUACACCCGCCUACGACAACCUACAGCAACCGCAAAAUUUUAAAUCCAAACAACUGGAUGGCUCUUUUGUGCUCGGUACCCACGAAAAUGAAAUUCUAAAUAGCAAAGCCGAAACUGUGGCACAAAAUUCAAAUAGAUCCGAGUAUAUGGGUAAUAUUGAGGCCAAUUCCACCACUACCGAUCAAAUGCAUAAUAUAAUGAUGCAAAAUGGUUUAGAUCCUGCCUAUGGACUAGGCGAUAGCAAUCAACCGUACAAUGACAAUUCAUAUUAUUACCAAACUAUGCCAACGCAAUUGGAUAAUGGCCAACAAUUAGACCCAAAUCUACUAAAUCAAACGGAACAGCCUCAAUAUAGUAAUGCUGACUCUUCGUCAUCAACAACUUAUGACCCUGUUACUAUAUUAGAGCAACAUCAGCAACAGCCCAUACAACAGCAGCAACAGCAAGUUUAUUUGCCUCAGCCUCAAACAGUUCUGCAAUAUCCGGUGCCCCAACUUAGCAACUAUUUAAUUAAUCAGCAUGAGAAAAGUUCGAGCUAUCAAAUAGGUGCUGCCGUUGUCGAUGAGAAUCUCUUCGAAAAUGCCAAUGAACGGCGCUAUGAGGAAUUGUGUCGUAAUAUAAUAAGUGAUAUGAAUCAGUAUGGCCUCUCAGUGGUAGAUGAUUUCUUGGGCAGAGAAAAGGGUUUACAAAUCUUGAAUGAGGUGCAUAAAAUGUAUUCAGCUGGUGUGUUUAAGGAUGGUCAAUUAGUUAAUAAUAUGAAAUCUGAACAAGAUUUACGUACCAUACGAGGUGAUAAAAUAACUUGGGUUAAAGGUGUUGAACGUGGUUGCUCAAAUGUUGGUUAUCUGAUAAAUCAAAUUGAUGCUGUUAUUUGUCGAGCAAAUAGUAUGAGAAAUAAUGGCAAAUUGGGUGAUUAUGUUAUAAAGGAAAGAACAAAGGCCAUGGUUGCAUGUUAUCCCGGCUCUGGUUCCCACUAUGUCAUGCAUGUCGAUAAUCCCAAUAAAGAUGGCCGUGUUAUAACAGCAAUUUAUUAUUUGAAUCUCGAUUGGGAUUCCAGAAAUAGUGGCGGAGUCUUAAGAAUAUUUCCAGAACAAACAAAAUCUGUGGCGGAUAUAGAACCAAAGUUUGAUCGUCUGAUAUUCUUUUGGUCAGACAAAAGAAAUCCCCACGAAGUACAGCCAGCCCACAGAACACGUUAUGCCAUUACAGUGUGGUAUUUCGAUGCCAAUGAACGUGAACAGGCCUUAAAUCGCUGUAAAAAUACACAAAAUUCUAAGAAUGCGAAUACAACAAAUAAUAGCAAUAGUGGCACGGCGUCAGAUAGCAAUAAUAGCAAUACAUCAAAUAACACUACAUCAGCAACAGAGGCAUCAACACCAUCCUCAAAUACUACUACUACUUCCGCCUCUUAUGCAAACACUCCCGCGUCAACACCUGCUUUAUCAGCCACCUCCCUUCCAAACACACCAACAUUGUCCUCGACAACGAGUGAUAAUUUUAAAAAUCCUGCGGCUACAACAAAUACAAUACAAAAUUCAACAAGACCCAUACAAGUGGUGCGACCCAAUUCUUAUAAAUAACAAAUCCUUAUAAUUUGAAUCUAUAUACAUGAAAAACAAUAACAUAAGUCAAGGCUCCUUAUUUUGUAAAUCUCUACACUUUUAGAAAAUUUCCUUUAAACUUAAAAAAUAAUAAUUUGUUUGCAUAUUUUUUUUAAGUUAAUUAAAGAACAGAGAUUUACAAAAUUAAGGACCUUUUUAUUGUUUCCUUAAUUACGCUUAAAUUGCAAAAUCAAACCAGAGAAUAUUGAAUACAAAAGCAUGUAUUUAUUAUUGCCACAAUACAGAAAUAUUUAUAAUUUCUCUGAACAUACAUGAGAGUUAGGACUAUAAGAUUGUACGUACCUUUUAUUUUAAAGUCAAACCUUGUAGUCGCAGUUUAAUGAAACUGCAAAACAUAAAACAAACAGUCAUUUACAUAAGAAAAACCAAUUAUUUGCUAUUAAUUUAUUAAGUUCCAAAAACAAAAAACGUCUUUUAAAAACAAAUAUAUAAAGAAUCUUCUAUAUUAGUAGAUUUAUUGAAUAAUUUUCUAAUUACACUUGCAAAUCAUACAUUUAUACUUUUCUCUAGCUAGAAUAACAAAAAAAUAAAAAUAAAGAGUAUUAAAAUUAUUUAAUAUUUUAACUUUUUCAAACACAAGAAAGAAAUUUCAAAAAUAAAAGUAAAUUUCCAAAAACUAAACAAAAAUAUUUACUUACAUAGAUGUAUAACAAACAAUGAUUUUUAUCUCAUUAAUUUAAACAAUCAAAAUCCUUUAAUAAUAAACAGAAUUUUUGUGUUUUUGUAGACAAAACUUUUCUUUAAACAAAAAUUCUUAAUUAAAAUUUUGUUUGUUUUUUUUAGGUUUAAUUUGCAAAUCAUGAAUUGUAUAAAUAUUUUAACUAUUUAUAUUUCUAUUAAACUGUGUAUUAUACUUAUAUAUAUUGCAUUCAAAUAAACAAAAAAAAAGAAAACAAAUUUAGCAAAAUGAUGUUGUGUUUUUUUUUAUUAUUUAAAUUACAUAUUUUGCUGAUUGCUAUUAUUAUUUUAUAGUUAAUACAAAUUAACAAAGAAAUUUCUAUAAAUGAAAGUAAUUGAUUUGUAUAUAUAUCAAUAAAUUUUUAUUAUAAAUAAACAAUAUUGAAACUUA